AUGACCCAGCGCUUGGAUGUGGACAGGCACGGAGUGCCCCAGUUCACCGGCGACCCGGAGCUCUACGAUGAGUAUGAGGAGAGAGCUUGGGACCUUUGGCAUGGUCGAGAUGGACAGCCCGCCCUGCAGGCGGCAACCGCAGUACAUCUGCGGGCUGGCUUGAGUGGCCCGGCCUACGAGGCCGUGAGGAAGAUGGAACACUCCCGCAUCAAGACCAAGGAUGCGGAUGGCAACCCCACCGACAAGGGCUUGAAGACUUUUCUUGAUGCCUUGAGGACGGCAAUUGCAGCAGUGAAGCCCGUCCGCAUCAAUGAACUCUUCCUCACCGCCUUCUACAGCCCACAGGUUUGGAGAAGACCUCAAGAGUCCACGCAGCAGUACAUCAUCCGCCGAGAACAGGAUUUUCGACGACUUGAAGAAGCUGGAGGUGGCACUUCUGUUCCUCGCAGCUUGAGGGCGAUGAUGCUGCUGCUCUUCGGUGGCCUGAGUCAGCAAGAGCAGGUUUCAGUUUUGAGCUCGGUGAACAACGAGUACGACUUCGACAAGAUUGCCAAUGCCAUGAGGAUUCAGUUCCCACAGGCCAAUGGCAAGCCGGUUCACCGACGUGACUUCCUCGGCUGUGGUCGCAGCCCAGCUGCUCGUGACUCAGGGAUCCUCUUCCGGAAGGGCUACAAGCCAGGGAAAGGUCGUGGACGACCCCAGCAGAUCCUCGCCACGGAAGAAGCCUAUGAGGCCUUCGAUGAUGACAUGAAUGAGUAUGACGACGAGGUCUUCCUAGAGGACGAGGAUGAGUAUGAGUCCCCGGCCCACGACGGAGCAGAGGCCUUUUGGGAGGAUGAGACCUGGGACACCUUGGUCCAAGAUCUGCCCGACCUUGAGGGCAAUGAAGAGGCAUCAGGUGACAUCUCUUUUGACGCCAAGGCCAAGGAGAACCGGAACACAGCUGUGAAGUUUUCGAAGUCAGUCACUGCUUGCACCAGCUGUGGACAGAAAGGUCAUUGGGUUGGAGAUGACGCAUGUCCAAACACCCGCAAGAAGAAGAUGACCAAGACCGGUCCGUCACCUCACAAGAAGAAGUUCGAAGGCAAGACUACCUUCUUUGUCUUGCACGAGGGCUUGGAGUCCGACGAUGAGAAGGACAUCAAUUCUCUCUCCAAGUAUGACCAGAUGCCAAAGAACCUCAACUCCUCUGAGUAUGAGCAAGUCCCUGCGGACGAGAAGACUCCCAAGUAUGCGCCAGGCAUCUUUUUGGAUGAGCCCAAUGACAAGCAUGAACCAGCACUUGCUCCUACUGGUUCUGGCAACCACAUCCAGGACAAGAACACCAUCGAGCGCAUCUACAAGGACGAUGGGCUUGCACCUGGAGCAUGUUUCACCUACAUUUCUCCUCCAGCGCAUGAAGUGCUGAUGGUGCUGAAAGACACCCAGCUUUGCGAGCACAGCUCCUAUUUUGGUGGAAAUGAACGUGAAUUCCAUCGAGGAGCCAACGGUCACACCCGUCACGUGACCUGCAAGGACAAGGAUUGCAACCAGACCAUCAUCGUCGCCAAGAGGAAGGACGCCGCUCAGCUAUGGUGCUACCUGGUGCAGAUUGCUCUGUGCACCAGAUGGGGAUCAGCAGCUCGAUCUCGUGAGCUCUUUGCAAGUGUCUGUCGGGUACGUGAUCAAGCCCUAAAGGAUGAUGAAGAUCGACGAGCUCUACAGCCUCCCCAUCUCACCAUAGAUCUCCCUGCGUUUCCGCCCUUGGCAGAGGACGACUAUGAUGUGCUGCAACCCCUUCCGAGUGACGCUGCAAUCUUUGGUCCCGGAACUCCAUAUGAAGGAUACACCUACAUUCAGAUCGCUUCCUCCGUUGAGGCAUCAGUGUACUGCCAUCAGACCUUGAGAAUCAUGUUCGCGGAGACCUACCGCUUCGCCUUCUACCUGUUUGGGCGUGUCCGUCUCCUACAUGGAUGUGCUAUGAGGACAUGGAAGGCUGGCAUCACUUCUCCCUUGAAGAGGACCACUGAUCCCGACGACAUGGUGCUCAUGGUCAACCAGGACAUCAGCGAUCAUGAACGACUUGAUCUUGAGACAACCUACACCACGAGCUCCCAGGAUCCACCUGGACUUGCCAUCCUAGACUCAGGAUGUACCCGAACCAUGCAUGGCACCGAUUGGGCAAAAGCGUUCGAAGAAGAGCUCGAGAAGCUCAACUUGUCACCACGCAGACGCCUCAAGAAGCAGUCGUUCAAGGGUGUUGGAGGCCAAAUCGCAAGUGACACUGUCAAGAUCUUUCCGGUCGGCAUCAACAAGGUCAAUGGUGAGCUGCACAGCGCUGAAGCUCCAGGCAGCCUUCCUCUUCUACUAUCACGACCCUUCAUGGAGGAGCUGCAGACCGUGAUCAACAUUGGCGCACGCACCGUGAGUUUCAACAAGAUUGGUGUCACUGACCUCCCACUGGUCAAGACCUCGCGUGGUCAUUUGGCAGUGAGCCUCCUGGACUUUGACAUGGACUCUCUUCAAGAUUGUUCCCCAGAACAUGCAACCGAGCCAGAGGAGACGCUCACAGUACAGGAGAUCGACUACAACCCUCCCACUCAGUCCGAGUUCGCUGAGGCCAAUGACUCCGACAUGGUCCAUGACUACCACGGCAUGAACCCCGACGACUACCACCAGUUCAGUGACUACCUCAAGGAGUACCAUCCGAAUCCCCGGAUCACUACUAUACAAGAAGAUGAAGCACAGAGGCUUGAACUGCUCGAGGCAGCCAAUGACCCAACUUCUGCCUUUGCCCGAUCACUUGGCAUUCGAGAGAGCGCUCGCGUGGCCCAGAUCCGUUUGGACAACGACUCCCGUGUUCGACGAGCCCUACUACAUCAGUCCACGCCUACAAGAGGCCCAUAUCCGAUUGGGAGCUAUGUCUACUUCUACCGUGCACAAGGAUCAGCAGCUCACCAAUCUCGAGGGCACGCUCGAAACUACAGAUGGUUUGGCCCCGCUCGUGUGAUCGGCAUUGAAGCUAGAAAUCAAAGGAGAGCUGAAGAUCCAGAACCUCUCACUGAAGGCGGCCAACCUCAUGCAUACUGGCUUCGCUAUGGCCCCUUCGUGGUACUGGUGACUGGAGAACAGCUGAGGUUCGCAAGUGAAGAUGAACUACUUGCUGCACAUCUCCUUCCAGAAGAGAUCAUGCACCCUGCUGCCGUUCGUGGAGCACGAAACUACACUGACCUCAGAGGGCAUGCUGCAGUACCUCUUCAAGAUCAAGCACCCGCAUUGCAGUUCAGUCCAGAAGGCAGUGGCGGCGCAUCAUCAGCCAGCCGACCUGCCCCUGCAGCAAAUGUCCCUGGUCAACAACCGGAACAAGUGCCAUCAGAUCCUCAAGUACCAAUGCUACAGCAGCCACUUCCAACGCUGCAGAGCGCACUUGAUGCCGUGAACCAGGCACCACGAGACGCAGCUGAACCUGAACCAGCUCCACUACCAAUGUCGACACCAACUCCGUCCAUGCCUCCAUCACAAGAGGUUUCAAGACGGCCAAGUGAAAUUCUCCCACAAGCAGCCGAAAUGCCGGCACCUUCAACUCGUCUACAAGAUGCUCUACGAAACCCAGACCGGCUAGAUUCGCACCAGUACCGUCCAGUCCGGACAGAGUACCAGCCGGCACCAGGUCCAUACUUCACCGAUGAAGUUCCAUGGAACUGUCCAGAUCUGCCCUACACGAUCCGGCUUCAUCAACUACGACACCUGAAUGAUGAGCAGAUCAACAUCUUGAAGGAGUAUGGUGCUGAACUGUCAUUGGAGGAAGAAAACGACACCUUCCCGGUCGCAGAAUCUCCAGCAGACUGCUUUCUCACUGGAAAGGCCGCAUCUACUGAGAUCUCCCUCAAGAACCUCAACGAAGAAGAUCGCCAAAAGUUCCAGGCCUCUAUGCAGAAAGAAUGGGAUUCCUGGACCAAGUUCGGCGCUGUGGAGAUCCUGACCCGUGACCAGAUCGAGAACCUCCCUGAAGAUGCUCAGAUCAUCGGCACUCGAUGGGUCCACGUUGACAAGAACAGCAAACCACGCCUUCUCGCGAAGGCCAUGCAGAAGAAGACCGGCAAGUCCGAUGCCCAGAUCAAGAAGGAGUUCCCCUUCCAAGCCAAGCGCAGGCUUGUGGUGCAGGGAUGCCAAGAGAAUCCCACUGGAAUCAGGUCAGAUAGCCCUACGGCCUCCUUACUGUCCUUCAACCUCAUCUGCGCCAUUGCAGUGAUGAACCAAUGGGUGAUCUCGGCGUGCGAUGCCUCAACUGCAUACUUGCAAUCGCAGGGGAUCAGUCGCCUGCUGCUGUUGAAGCCUCCUUGCCCUCCACCGCCAGGAGUCAGCCCUCACGAUCUUUUCCGUGCGCUCGGCUCCAUCUACGGAGUCCUCUGCACCCAUGUUGAUGAUUUGCUUUGCGCCGGCAUUGGCGCUGUCUACGAGCAGAGCGUUGCCUCCAUGGAGAAAGAGAUCCACCUCAAGGUCCAGCACAAGGCCUUCCGUUUUUGUGGAAAGAACCUCCGUCAAGGUGAUGACUACACCAUUGAGGUUGACCAGUUCGAUGCCAUUGAGAGCGUGGACUACAUGCCACUUGACCGCCACCGCAGGUCAAUGGUGAAUGCCCCACUGACACCAGAAGAAAUCACCUCCUUCCGAGGAUUGAUCGGGCAGCUUGGCUGGGCGGCGCGUCAGACCAGACCUGACGUCAUGGUCAAUGUGUCGAUGGCCGCACAGUCGAUAGGAUCUCCAAAGAUCCGUGAUGUGGUGAACCUCAACAAGACGGUCAAGAUGCUCAAGGAGACCUCUGAGGCAACAUGGCAUGUGGCGGUCUGCGUUUUUGCAGAUUCCAGCUUCGCCAACACCGAGGGUCUCAAGAGCCAGUGCGCCUAUGUGGUGACCAUCACCCUGCCAGAGAUUCGUGAAGGUGGCCCCACUCCCUUGUUUGUGCUUGAGACCUACAGCGGGUCCAUCAAGCAUGUGUGCCGGAGCACCUUGGCAGCUGAGUCCAACGGAUUCCUCACUGGAUGUGAAGCUGGAGAGUAUGUCCGUGCUCUCUUGAUGGAGUUCCAGCACCCCACUGAGGAUUUCAACACCUUGGAGCGCGAGUACGCCAAGUCCAAGCUCCUCUGCAUGACCGAUGCUAAGAGCCUGGAAAGCACACUCAACAAGGACUGUGGCCAACCGACGGACAAGCGAGUCCGCAUUUUGGUCGCGCAGAUCAAAGAGCUGAUCGGUGAGAACACCUACGAGGAUGAUGAUGCAGCUUUCGCUCACUGGCUGGACACAAGCCAGAUGUUGGCUGACGUCCUGACGAAGGUUGGCUGCGAGCGCGAGCCCCUGCUGGCAGCCUUGCACGAUGGCAGCUGGCAGCUCUCACCGAGCUCGGAGGCCCUGGCCAAGAAGGCUAGGAUCCGUGCCGGACGGCGCGCCAGGAAGGCGGCAGCUAAGGAGGGGUGUGAAUUUCCCAUGAAGCACGAGCAUGACAUGAGCAUGGAACCCCAGGAAUAG